AUGGACCGCUACGAGGCUUGUGCGCAUAGUGGCAAACUAUCAAAGGACCGUGGAGUCGGCUUUACUGCACGCGCCAGUUGGCAGCGAAGUCCAAAGGGGGGGGCGACACCGUCAGCGCUCGUCGGAGCGCGGUUCCUGCGACAUGCCCCUCUCCAGCACUCCCCGGAUUCGCGUCUGUUUACACGCCCCGCGGCCGGCACC